UGUUGCAUUACGGAUGUAUUUUCACGUAACACCACUAGUAACGUUCGAGUAGAAACUCGAUUCCGUCCAGUAAAAGAGAUCGCGGUAGGGAGAGACUUUUGACAGUCUAACAGCAUAACAUUUCAACUCAUGAAUUAAAUGAAUAUCUCCAGAAGUUACAUAAAGUAUCAUUGAUAGCAUAUGAUUAAUGUAACUUUGUAAAGAAAGCUAACGUUCCGUUUUUUUUUGUUUUUUGUUUGGCAAACUAAGCUAACUAGCCGACGGUUUCCACGGUGCGUCCUUCAAAUCCGUCCCUCCACUGAGCUGACGGACAGGCAGACCGACAGGAAACAUGUCGAGUUUCGCCAGUCAAGUUUUCGGCCGGGUCGACAGGUUAUGUCGCCCCCUCCCCAUGGUCCUCAACACCUUCUUGGUCUUCUCCAUCACCGGGGAGGUGAGCUACUUGGUGCUGCUCGAGGCUCCGCUGCAGCCGGACCAGAAGAAGACCGUGUGGUCCGCCUGGUGGAAAGCGGUCCACCUGCUGGCUCAGUACUUCAUGCUGGGAAACAUCUGCUGGAACGCGGCGCUCUUCCUGAGAACCAGCCCCAGCAUCAAGGGGGUGUUCCUCGGCGGAGAGGGCAUGGGCCAGGGGUGGAGGUACUGCUAUACGUGCGAGACACACACUCCUCCCCGGUGCUCCCACUGCUACGACUGCAAAGUGUGUGUGCUGCGGAGGGAUCACCACUGCGUCUUUUUUGGCCAAUGUGUGGGCUUCCGUAACUACCGUUACUUCCUCAGCUGCUUGUUCUUCAUGUGGUCUGGACUGCUGUACGCCACCCUGAUGAAUGCCGAGGUCUUCAUUGUCAUAUUGAAGGAGGGUGUGACGAUGCACAGCGUCCUGUUGAUGCUCAUUCCCUGGAUCAUGCUAGUUUCAGGUCAAGUCACAGCACGGGCCUUUGCCUUCGCCUUCAUCGCCGACACAUGCGUUGUAGGCUUCCUGCUGGUGUCCGCCUUCUUCUUCUUCCACCUGGCCCUGAUGCUUCGGGGACAGACCACAAGGGAGUGGUACUCGACCCGCCGACCCUACAGCCUCGGUCUCCUGGGCAACCUGCGUCACACCCUGGGCCUUCGCUGGUACCUCUGCUGGCUGUGCCCGCUCAUCCCCUCCCCUCUCCCUGGAGAUGGUAUAAGCUUCCAGGUCACAGGACCGCUGGAGCCCGCCCGGUAACAGCCGAAACAACGCCGCGUGUCUUUGCUUAAUUGGUGAUGGUUCAUGUUAGCGGGAGCAGCAGGGAGGAAACGCCUUAGUUCAAGAAGAGGCCGCUUGGGAUGGGUUGAUGCAAUAACAGUAUGCAGCUGUUGUGAUGUUACCGGGUGUAACUGUCUACCGGCCUUUCACCUGUGCGGAGUCAAGGAAAUGACGUCUCCAGUGUGGAAAGUUCGUUGACCUUGAUUUAAAGGUCAUCUGUACACUUAUUGAGGCUCGCCUCAGAAUGUUAACACAGAAAUGAGCAGUGUUCGUCUGUAAUACUGAGCACUGAAAGUCACUGAAAAUAAUGUAUUUUAUUGAUUGUGAAGAAAUGAUUCUUUCAUAUCCUUGUUUACAACUACAGGCUGCUACACCAGGGUAGUCACUUAAAUUGUCCUCUCUAUCGUUUGUUUUGUUUGUCUUGCAUGGUUUCUGACUAUUCCUAGGAUUAUAAAUCUGCCAUUAUUCAUUAGCUGCUAGGGUCAUGCUGUUCUUCUGCUAUCCACUUCUCUACAGCCACUCCAGCUCCUAAUUUUUUUAUUCCAUUGGGCCUUUUACCAGAUACUUUUUCACCAACUAAGAUGAUGGGAGAGGAUUCACAGCGAUAAAUAAUACACGUUCAGUUAUGCUGUUUACGUACUAAUGUGAAGUGGUAUUGUGAAUACAUUGUGUAAAAUGUAUGGCUUUUUCCCCAUGUUUCGUAUUAUGUUGUGCGUGUCUCAGUCGGUAAGAUACUACAAACACCAUUACAACAGCAUACCGAGUCGUGUUCUGAUCCAAGCAACCGCUGUGUCCCAAUUUACUGCUUCCACAAACCUACUUUGAUUUAGUAUGUAGUGUUAAUUUGGGACACAAAUAACAUGACUCACUACACUUGAUGCCAACUGAAUUUAUGUUACCUCAGAGAUUUACUCAAUUCUGCCGGCCUUAAAAUGUAGUGGAACGUUUCAAGCGUUUCUUUUGGCGGUUGUUCUUACUUUACUUAUCCAAAAAUAUUAGGUGCAAUUGUUAUUCGUCUGCUUGAAUCAAUCAUACCAUGAUGUUUGGUUUUUGAAAGUACUGAAAAAAAUGGGAAUAAAAAAUGCUGAAUUUAUAUUUUA